AUGCGCGGGCGUGUGGACGAAGCGAUUGUCCGCUUAGAGAGGCUGAACACCCAGGAGGAGCCUGUCUACUCCAUUGAGCUCGACGGCACAUGGAAUGUGAAGUACGCGGGGUCCUAUGCUCCUGGUCUUCUCUCAUCGCCAACUCGAGAGUUGGCUCUCUUCUUGUAUGGUGGCGGAUUUUCGCUGGGAAACGCUUUGUCAUCCUUUGCGCAGGGCUUUUGGGGUCAGUCUUUGGGCGUGAAGCUUGGCUCCAAGAAGGUCCAGAUCUCCGGUGGCCGCGAUGUCGAAGCAUCGGCCAAGGUUGAAGUCGCUGGGCGCAAGGAGACCUUGACUUACAAAGCCGAGCUUAUGCCGCUGAGCGCGCAGCGCAUGAGCGAAGAGGUGAUUGCCCUGAAGUUGCCGGAUCCCAUCGGAGAUCAGGACCUUCCCCUCGAGCUUCGUCGAAGUAUUCUGGUGACAUACCUGGACGAGGAUAUGAUGAUCGUCCGGGAUGAGUCCGGAGUUCCGGAGGUCCUUGUGAAGGAGCUUGCGCCUGUUUCGCCCACCAUAGUCGCAGCGGAGCAGGCACCAGUGGACUCCACCAACUCAUCCGCUGAAAGCGACGAGG